CUUUUUCACUUCCAGAUCUUACGGAGCAGUUUGCACCUCCUAAUGUUGCUCCACCAAUCCUCAUCAAGAUAGUGGAGACAAUUGAAAAGAAAGAUCUGGAGUGCUCAACUUUGUAUGGAACACAAGGCUCAAGGAGCUCAGCAGAAUUAAGACAAAUUCUUGAAUGUGAUGCCUCUCUGUUGGAUUUAGAGACAUUUGAUGUGCAUACUUUAUCAGAUGCUCUCAAGAGGUAUCUCCUGGACCUGCCAAAUCCUAUCAUUCCAGCAGCUGUUUACAGUGACAUGAUUUCUGUAGCUCAAGAAGUGCAGAGCUCAGAGGAAUACGCUCAGUUGCUGAAGAAACUCAUCAGAUCUCCAAAUAUACCUCCCCAGUAUUGGCUCACACUCCAGUAUUUGCUCAAACAUUUCCUCAGACUUUGUCAAGCCUCCAGCAAAAAUCUCUUGAAUGCAAGAUCUCUGGCUGAAAUUUUCAGCCCUCUGCUUUUCAAAUUCCAGAUAGCAAGCUCUGAUAAUACUGAACACCACAUAAAAAUCCUAGAGGUUUUAAUCACAAGCAAAUGGAAUGAGAGACAGCCUGUACCAGCACUGCCUCCUAAGCCACCAAAACCUAAUACUGUAACUAACAACAGCAUGAAUAACAACAUGUCAUUACAAGAUGCUGAAUGGUACUGGGGAGAUAUCUCAAGAGAAGAAGUAAAUGAGAAGCUUCGAGACACUGCUGAUGGUACCUUUUUGGUACGAGAUGCUUCAACCAAAAUGCAUGGGGACUACACACUUACGCUAAGGAAAGGAGGAAAUAACAAAUUAAUCAAAAUAUUUCACCGAGAUGGGAAAUAUGGCUUUUCUGACCCAUUAACUUUCAACUCUGUGGUCGAGCUAAUAAACCACUACCGGAAUGAAUCUCUAGCCCAGUAUAAUCCUAAAUUGGAUGUAAAAUUACUGUAUCCAGUAUCUAAGUACCAGCAGGAUCAAGUUGUAAAAGAGGAUAGCAUCGAAGCAGUGGGAAAGAAAUUACAUGAAUAUAAUACCCAGUUUCAAGAAAAAAGCCGAGAAUAUGACAGACUCUAUGAAGACUACACAAGAACAUCUCAGGAAAUUCAAAUGAAAAGAACAGCUAUUGAAGCAUUUAAUGAAACAAUAAAAAUAUUUGAAGAACAGUGCCAGACGCAAGAAAGAUACAGUAAGGAAUACAUUGAAAAAUUUAAACGCGAAGGAAAUGAAAAAGAAAUACAAAGAAUUAUGCACAACUAUGAAAAACUAAAGUCUCGAAUAAGUGAAAUUGUGGACAGCAGGCGUAGAUUAGAAGAGGAUUUAAAGAAGCAAGCAGCUGAAUAUAGAGAGAUAGACAAGCGUAUGAACAGCAUUAAGCCAGACCUCAUACAGCUGAGGAAGACAAGAGAUCAGUACUUGAUGUGGCUGACUCAAAAAGGUGUUCGGCAAAAGAAGCUAAAUGAAUGGCUUGGAAAUGAAAAUACAGAAGACCAAUACUCUAUGGUAGAAGAUGAUGAGGACUUGCCCCAUCAUGAUGAGAGAACGUGGAAUGUGGGAAAUAUCAAUAGAAGCCAAGCUGAAAAUCUGCUGCGGGGAAAGCAAGAUGGAACAUUCCUUGUUCGAGAGAGCAGCAAACAAGGCUGCUAUGCCUGCUCUGUUGUGGUGGAUGGAGAAGUAAAGCACUGCGUGAUAAACAAAACACCUACUGGGUAUGGAUUUGCAGAGCCAUAUAACUUGUACAACUCACUCAAAGAACUGGUGCUACAUUAUCAACACACAUCACUCGUGCAGCACAAUGACUCUCUCAAUGUCACACUAGCCUACCCAGUAUAUGCACAGCAGAGGCGAUGAAGAUCUUAAUACUCUGGGUUGUUUGGUUUUUUUCUAAAGAAAAGAUUUGACAACAUUGAGGCCUUUGGAGAGAGAAGGCUCCUUUCAGCCUUACUCAAGAAUUUGAGCUGCAGUAUCAAAGCUAUCUGUCUUCAGAUGGGACUAGAGCUUUCCUUCACAACUGCAGUUGGGGAGAUCACAGUAUUAAGCUGUGAAUGUAUAUUUCUAGUCUGAAGUGCUUUUUUUUUUUAAUUAAGAAAAGAAAAACAAGAGAGAGAAAUCCUAACCUGAUCUCCCUGCAGGGACAUAGAGGCCUUUAACCAUGGUGCUUGUUUACAACCACUUCUGAAGCUUUACCGGCUAGAACAUUGGAUUCUCCAGACACAAGGUGUAAGAGGUCUUUGUCAUUCAGUUAUUGGAAUUUCUUGGUCACGACCUGGCUUGGAUUUGGUGUUGCUGCACUCAGUGGAUCCAGACACGCAGCACUCUGGAUUUUUUGGUUUCUGGUGAAUGAUAUGUAGCAGAAUGGCACUGUCAUUUCUAAGGGUCACUUUAAAAGGGCUUCAGUUACAGUAUGUUGUUCAGAGGAAUUGUAAUAGUGAAUUGCCAGGAAGUGUUUUGUUUAGAUGUUUAAAAUUCCUGUUUUAAGAAUAUAUUUAAGACUGAAGAAAACAGGACUUUCAAUGACAUACAGUAUAUAAUAAUGUACAUAGUGUUGGAUGACUAACUAUCACUGAUGGAAAUUGUCAAUACCAAACUGCUUUCUCUUUUCCCUUUUCUGUUUGCUGAAAGCUGAAUUCUUAGACCAUGCUAUGCAAUACUCAAUUUUCUUUAGGCUGUAGUCUUCUCUCAAGCAUAUCUACAGGUUAAGCUUGCUUUUCUUUCUUGUUUCCUUGUCAUCUUUUUUCUUUAUUUCUUUUGCCUGAGAAUAUUUUUUCCUGAUGAUUAUUUUUUGCUAUUCAUUUUGUUGCUUGUUUUUUUAAAAAAAAUGUACAGGAAGGCAACAAGAGUUGGCUUCAGAAUUAAAACUGAAAUAUUUUACAAUUUUCUUUGUAUAGAAUAUUGAGCUACUAGCUCAAAGUUUAAAAAGUUCUUUUUUUUUUUUUACUAAAUAUUUUGUUGGGC